CUUAAAAUGGGACGGAGGGAGAAGUAUUUUUACAACAAGUAAAAACAUCCUCAACAUACGGCCAUCCUCAACUCUGUCGACAACGUCGUCGACAAUCUCAGUUCUCUAAUCAGGACUCAGGUCCGCCACUCCGCCAGCCCGGGACACAGCCGAUUCAGCGACGCCGGAUACGCCCACGCUGCGGUCCAGUCCGGGACGCCAACCUCUUGGCCUUUUACAACUCCAAUUAUCUCUGCAAUUUUAAUUUUUAAGGUAAGGACUAUCAUGAUGAUGAGUAAACGGAGGAAUAAAGAUAUUGAUGAUGAUGCUUGGGCUGAUCUUCAUAUCGACCUAUUACGUGCAGUGGGGAAGCAUGUUGAUCAUUAUGAUGACUAUGUUAGGAUGCAAGCAGUUUGUAAAGAAUGGAAACGUAAACUCCCAAAGUAUCCAAAGCAUUUAAAAAAUCUAUGGCUGGGGUUCGUCUAUGAGGGUAAUCCUUUCUAUAGUGUUGGGGAGGAGAAACUGUAUUCCUCCAAAAUGGUGGAGGGUAUGCGCAAUAAGGUGGUCAGAGGGUCAUAUGGAAAUUGGUUGGUCACAAUUGGAAUUAAAGAUGGAGAAAUUGAAAUGCUCAAUCCAUUCACAAGAGCUCAGGUCAGCGGACUACUUCCACCAGUGUCAACAGUUCCAGAGAUAAUUCUCUAUGACCCAGGAAAUCAUAACAAGGAAUACACCGUCAAGGAACGCCUUAAUGAAAUUGGCGAUGGGUAUCACCCUGUUGUUUGGCCCCAGGCAUGGAUGCAUAAAUACUAUUUCUCUAAGAUUGUUUUGUCUUCUGCUCCUCAGCAGGAUGAAGGUUUUAUGGCGGGGGCUAUGAUUCUUUAUGGUACUUUUGGCAGGUUGGCUUAUUGUCAAAUUGGUGGCAGUGAUAAAUGGGUCGAUAUUGGAUCCAAUAAUUCUGCAAAACCUGUAUACCGGGAUGCCAUAUUUCAUAGACCAGGAAAUAAGAAGAUGAUGAUCUAUGCCGUGAACACUUUUGUGGAGUUGUGUGUAAUUGACCCUGAAUCAGGUAAUGUGGUGAGUAAGGCUGCACCACCUAUUGUAGUCAGGGACUACUUUCACCCUCUAAGGAACUACAUGUAUGUGGUUCAUACCCCGCAAUAUAGCGUGAUACUGGUAGUAAGGCAUCUGGAGGGUUAUCGGACCACUAAAUUUGACAUGUUCAAGAGAAUAGAUGAUGAUACUAUUAACAAUGAGGGAUGGUCUAGGGUGAACGAUUUGGGAGAUUAUGUCUUGAUGCUUGGACUUAAUUCUUCGGCAUGUUUGCUACCCCAUGGUUUCCCAGACACAAAAGGAAAUCGCAUUUACUACACAAAUGAUAAGAUGCGAUUCGGAAUUAGGUUUAAUGAUUAUGAUAUUGGCUAUUUCAGUGUGAAAGAUGGAACCACUCAUCAGAUAGUUCCCUGCUCUCUUCUUACUUCUCUCCAUUCUGAUCUUGUCCCUCCUGCCCCCUUUUGGCUUAUAUAUAAUCACUAGUUUCGCGAACUGCCUUAUUUGAUAGGAAAUUGCCCUAUAAGAAUUGUAUAUAGCAUUAAUAUUAGGACAUGUUCUCUUUUAUAUGAAUUUUAAAUGAACUGUAUUAUUACCAAA